UUCGGUCCAGCACGGCGAACCGCCCGACUGAGUUGCAGGGGGCGCAGGCCAGAGGCAUGUCCCGCGCCGGCGCCGAUGGAAACAUCCGCGUAGGAUUUUAUCUGAUGGUUUUGGCUAUCGACAAUGCCCCUCGGCAGCGCCCCGACUUCUCGCCCCACAACUUGCCUGCGGCCGGCGAUGGGGGGCCGCAGUGUCCGCCGAGAGAUAUGUGCAACAGCUUGGCCAGCAGCGCGUGGGAGAUAGUGCGGAUGCCAUGGGAUAAGAUUGGCAACGUCCUCAUUGGUCAUGCAGCUGGGCUGACAAUCGCUCGCGACGUGAACAAGUGCGCCGACAACCCUGUGCCCCCGCAUGUCCCGGCGCAUGGAUUUACAUCGGCCAACUUCUCCGAUGUCCCUCGAGAGAGUGUCGAGCUGCCUGCGAGGCCGCCGAUGGCCUCGCGCGCGUCGGACAUGGCGGGCCGCGUCGGCAAGAUCGCGGAGGCGCUGCAGAAAACCCGCCGCCGCGUCCUCAACAUCUUGACAGGCGAUGGUGCGCUCGAGGACGCGGGCGCGUUGAAUCCGUUUGACCCCAGCUGGAAGCCGCGGGGGCUCAACAGGCAUUUCUAUUCCUACACCAAAAUCUUUGAGAGCUUCAACUGCCUCAUUAACGACUGCCCUAUGGUGUGGGGUUCGUGGGGAUCGCUGGAACGUGCCUAUCUGAAGACGACCGCGUCGAAGUUCUUGCAGAUGCGCCACGCCGCCACGCGGCUUGUCCUACGACAGUUUAUCGAUAAAGAACAACCGCAGGUCGGAGUCGCUCGUGUCCCCAUGGGGAAGCACCCCGUGCACGAGCAUUCGCGUGCAUUUCGCGCGCUGCACAGGUGGAAUUUGUUCAUAGGCGUCAAGUACUUGCAUCGCGCCACCACCAACGACGCAAGGACUGGCAUCCUUGACUGCGGCAUCGUUCCAGGGUGCGGCGCCGCGCGUCUGGCCCGCAAGGAAGCUUUCUUCAGCCGUAGAUCCUUCGCGCUCAACGAUGCGCACAACCCACGCACCAACGUUCGAGGCUACAAAUUCGGCCACAAGAAGAAGCAGGUUAACAUCGUCAUCGAUAUGAAAGCCGCUACUGCAGCUGGCUGUGAGUUCUGGCUUGGGGAGCAAGGGCCCGCCGCUGCCGAGCCUUCGUGCGCGCUCCGCUGCCAAGCCAAGGUCCGCUGUGACCUGUGCCUCUCGGAGCACCAAAGGAAAGAGGGCGGCAUGACAGCGCAUAAGAUCUCGGCACAGUUGGCAGAUCAAUACCAGCGGGAGGACGUUGAUGGGGAGUGGCAGUGCUUGCAGAAGGCGAUGUUGAAAGUGCCGGCAGCCCUGAGACCUGACGAACACAUCGAGCGGCUGGAUGAGAUCAAGGAUCGACUUAGCAUUAUAAGCAAAGAGCUGAAGGGCAACGCGAAGACGGGGUCGCAGGCCGACGAGUUCUACAUGUUUUUGACAGCGCCUCUAUGGGCAUCAGCGCUGGCGCGAUGCAGCUGCAUGGGCUGCGCCCUCGGGCCGAGAGAUUUCAUCGCGUGCUACAACCCUGGAGUUGAGGAGUGGUUGCGAUCGAUUCGCGUCGACGCGCCCGAGGUGAACUGGGGCCUCACGGUGCGCCCUGUUGCCCAGAGAGCAUGCGAUAUGUCGGCGGCGACCCUCGUGGACGACGCGGCCAAAGUGCAUUUGCUCCCGCGGCUCGAGAACGGGCGGGCGGGGAGAAGGUCGACCCCUUGGGCUCGGCAGAUCCAGAACGGUGUGGAGGAGUUCGGGAAAAUGGAGAAGGUGGAGCACGGGCGGCGGCAGCUCGACUCGAUUCCAGAUGUCUUCAGAGGCCCCGCGGCAUUGGAGUUUUGCUCGUUCGACGUCGGUGUGAUGCGCAGCGCGGGCCAUGGCUGCCCGCGGCGGCAGACGCGGACCAGCCGAGACAGCAGAGACCGAGAGCUACAGGCAGUUCAGCGCACGACUCCCUCCCUGGACUACCAGGUGCGCGAGCUCGGCGGGGUAGUAUUCGACGCCUGUCUCAUAGACAAGUCGUCGAGCCUGGCGAGUGCGAUGGUGAAGGCGGCGCAGAAGCUCGACCUGGGCGAGAAAGACGAGGGUAUCGUCCAGGAUGCGCGCUUAGAGUGUUCGAGGGGACAGUUGAACACGGCGGAGAUCUUCGGGACCUGCAAGGCGAAGGCAACGGCGCAAGGCAAGUCAGAGGCGCAGGGCAAGGCGGCGAUCAAGCUAUCCGUGAAAGUGACGGCGGCCGUCCCGAAGUCGCAGCACCAGGGCGAGGUGCGGCACGGCGUCGAGAUCAGGUCCGCCGCGAUGAGCGACCUGAAGAAGGAGGGAGCGGAGUUCCAGGUGGGGCCGGCGCCGCGCGCCGACCUGGCGCGCGUCGUGCAGCAUCGCGCCGGAUGGGUGGGAGUGAGCGGAGCAGGGGGAGCGGGACAG